CCCUGUCACAUUAAACUUUCCACAAGCACCCCCCCUUUUUCCAACCUUAUCUCUUUCCAAGAAGCAGCCUUAAACCACUCUUAUAUAACCCUGUCCCCGUAUUAAUCCUCCCAUAAAUCCACAACCAAAUUACUAUCUACCAGUUCUGCUUAACACACAACCCCUUUGAGCCUUUCUUUCUCGAGAUAUGGAGCCACCCAGAAGCGUUCAUGACAUGAAGAACUCUAGAAAGAGAAAAGGGAGGAGAGAGAGUGUUAAGGUCGUGUACAUAUCAAGCCCGGUGAAGGUGAAGACCAGCGCCUCGAGAUUCAGGGCCCUGGUGCAGGAGCUCACCGGGCGCGACUCCGACGUGUCCCGGUACGUGGAAGCCAAUAACGGUUCUUAUUACCAUGAUGAUCAUUCGCAAGGAGGAGUUGUCGACAGAGGAAUAUCGAAUUCCGUCAGCGAUCGCGUGUCGGAUUCGACGACGAGCUCGGAUUCUUACUUGGAGUUGGAACCGUCGUUUGAUGAUUUGUUGAUGAACUCCAAUGGCCAAGGGGGGUUUCUUGGGAUGUUUCCGUCAUCUAAUCUGAUAUGUGAUCAGGGUUUUGAGUUUAAAUAUGGUAUUCUUGGAGAGUAUGGUGCAGUGUAAAUUUUUGUACGUACGGUUCCAUUCAAUGGGAGAUCCUUAAUUAUCUAUAGUUUUUGAACAAAUCAUAUUUUGUAAUGAGAUCUUUGUAUGAUUCAUAUCUUAAUCACUCUUGUAUCUAUAAUGUUUCUCUAUGUAUCAUGUUUUCAAUAUGCGAUUAUAUUCGGAGGUUCUUUACGUAA